AUGCAAAACAUAUAUUCAAAAACUAUCUUUAUUUUAGCAUUUGAACCCUCUGAUACAGGAGAAGUUUAUGACAGGCCCGAAUACAAAAAAAUCCACGAUGAAUACCGCAAUUUAGUAGACGUCAUGCUGGGUUCUUUUAUGGAUGACAUCGGAAUAACUGCCGAUCUGUUCGAAGCUGCAUGCCAUUUAUCGGCUCACGACCUAGCCGAGCUCCCAGCCUACUUCCACAAGAGGCUGUUUGAACAAAUCUGGGCGGCCAACGACUACGAUAUGUUCGUGAAAAUGAUGACGCAUAAGAACGUGGAGCUUCAAUUGCAGGCUUUGGAGCUCAUUGAACGACGAUAUGGCGCUAUGCCGAGUUUGUUUUCUUCGGAUUCGGAGGAUUUAGACACUUCCCGUAGUGGCGAAGACAACGAUUGGCAAGACAAUGAUGACGUAAUGACAGAAAUUAAAAAGCUCCAAUUGAAAGACUUUGAAAGUAUUGAUGAUACAGUCGCCGUUCCGCCGGAAGAUGUUGUGGCUGAGAAAAGUAUCCUUUUGUCCAAAUUACAGACCUUUGCAAAUAAAGAAGAAAUAUGUGAAAAGGAUCUGGAAAAAGAUAAGGAAAGUGAAGAUAUUGCGGCAAAGGAGAUUGAAUUUAUCUCUAAAGGAAAACAUGUUGAACUGCCAAAAAUUCCGGUUCAGAAAGUAGAAGUAAGUGAGGAAGAAGUACAAGCUCGUCAGGAAUAUCUCAAACAACAGCGAGACAAGUUGCUGGCACUCAAGAAGCAAGUCCGAGAAAAACGUCUUGGAGCAACUGAAGCAUCAUCAGACGUUGGGGCUGGCGAAGGUAUGAGCAGCGUCCGCCAUCAGAGACCCCGUUCCGCCAGAAUGGCGCAGGCGGCCCUACAGGGGAAAACGCCACAGCCGCCUCCCGACGCCAUGCAACUGCGCAGGGCCCUCGCCUCCAAGUUGAAAGCCGAAGUCGUCGAUAUGCAAAAC